GUAGAAUGCAUGCUGGGUAUUGUUUUGCAGUCUUGCCAUUUUGUUUUUUUAUACUGUUAAAAUAGUAUAAGUGCUGGUCGGAGUAGAGUAAAACAUUUGAACGCUGGGAAAAUGCUGUCUGCGGCACAGCUUUUAGAUGAGUUGAUGGGUAGGGACCGGAACCUUGCCCCUGAUGAAAAGCGGAGCAAUGUCCGAUGGGACCAUGAGUCUGUCUGUAAAUAUCAUCUCUGUGGGUUUUGUCCAGCAGAAUUGUUCACAAACACACGCUCUCAUUUAGGUCCAUGUGAGAAGAUUCAUGACGAAAACUUAAGAAAAAUGUAUGAGAAAAGCUCUCGAUAUAUGAAAAUGGGGUAUGAAAGAGACUUUCUUCGUUACUUGCAGAAUCUUCUAGCAGAAGUAGAACGCAGAAUUCGAAGAGGACAUGCUCGACUAGCACUUUCUCAAAGCCAGCAGGCCACAGGACAGACACCUGGUCCAGCUGGUAAAAAUGAAGAGAAGAUUCAGGGUUUGACUGUAAAGAUUGAAGAAUUGUUGUUGCAGAUUGAAGAACUGGGUUCUCAAGGAAAAGUGGAAGAGGCUCAAGGAAUGAUGAAACUGGUGGAACAGCUAAAAGAAGACAGAGAACUACUUAGAUCUACAAGUUCUACAAUUGAAAGUUUUGCUGCGCAAGAAAAACAAAUGGAAGUCUGCGAAGUUUGUGGAGCAUUUUUAAUUGUAGGUGAUGCCCAGUCCAGAGUAGAUGACCAUUUAAUGGGAAAACAGCAUAUGGGAUAUGCCAAAAUUAAAGCUACAGUUGAAGAAUUAAAGGAAAAAUUAAGAAAGAAGAGUGAAGAUCCAGAUCGUGAGGAAAGAUUAAGGAAAGAACGUGAAGAGAAAGAGAGAGAGCGUGAAAGAGAAGAAAGGGAGAGAAAGAGGCGGCGAGAGGAAGAAGAAAGGGAAAAAGAAAGAGAGAGGGAAAGAGAAAAGCGUAGGAGAAGUAAUUCACGCAGCAGACAUUCAAGUAGAGCAUCAGACAGGAGACGCAGUAGAUCGAGAGACCGCAAACGUUCAAAAAGCCGGGAACGAGAUAGGAGUAGCAGAAGUAAAGAUCCUCGUCGGAGCAGAAGUAGGGAUAGAACAGAAAGAUCUGAAAGAAAACACAGAUCUCGCAGCAGGGAGCGGAAAAGAUCAAGAAGCAAGGACAAAAAACACACAAGCACAGAAGCAGAAGUCGGGAGAAAGACCAAGACAGAAAAUCUAAAGAUAAAGAUCGGAAGGAUUCUGAUGACAGGAAAAGUAGCAAGAAGUCUAAUAGUUCAGAGAAGCGCAAUGAAGAAGCUGUCAGUGAGUCCACUGAACUUGAUGCAUCAAAUUUCGAGGUCAAUGGAACCAUUGAAGACUUAAAAUCUGAAGUGCAGCGUAAGUAUGCAGAGAUGAAGAUGGCGCUAACCAGCUGAGAAGAGAUUUUAAAAGCACCCUUCUGAAGGAAAGGAUAAUGUAGUCCUGCAAAACAUUUUGAGGUACAUUUUGUCUCCAAUAUUUUGUAGCAGUUCCUAGAACUUUGCCCCCUUUUUGUGCCUCUUUUAAAGUAUUUAUAGUCACUUAGCAAGUAAUCACUUUAGCAGUUUAACUUUUUAGGUAUUUUUUUUUUAGACUUUAAUUCUUUUAAGAAUUCAGAAAGUUAAUUGAUUUAUUAGUAUUUUAAGGCCUUUUGUGUGUUGGCAGACUCUGGUAUAUUUUUAAAUAUUUUGAGGCACAUGUUGAACUACAUAUUACUUUUAACUGCCAGUCUGUCUCUGUGAAGGAUGUUGAUAGAUUUUUUUUUUUUUUUUUUUUGCUUUAUUGCCUUACAUUCUAAUGCACUUUGUUCUGUAACUCGAGAGCCAAUAGCUUGGAUUGAUGGAAGUGUAGGGUUUAUGAAUUAUUGCAGCUGACUACCAUACCUCACACAGCGUUGGUGUUGUGAGCGGUCCAUGACAAGCCAGUUUAAAAAUCAAGGAUUCAGUCAUACUAUGCAGGUACUCAUGCCAGGUACUCCUUUCUCUACCCACAUCCAUGUUUGAAUGCUGUUGCCUGUAAAAGUGUAAGCUUGCUGUUGUGUACUAUUUUAAUAGAAGAUUAUUUUGUAUGUAUUGUAUAGUAUGUGAAACUAUCUGUAAUACAUUAACAUAAUGGAAUUUUUUUUCAACUGUGUAUAGGAAUGCUGUGCUGCCCUGAAUUAAAUUUCUGUUAAGACUUAUAAAAGCAAUAAAACAGCAGUAAUACUCGUCUUCUGUUACAUUCAUUGCAUUGCAAGCCUUUAAGAGGUAUGUGCUCACUUUUUCCUACUUUGUAGGAGAAUCAAUAGUCAGCCAUAGGCUUGUAUAAAGAAAAAUGUUGUGGCUGCUUCAGGAAAGAGCAUCAUAUAGUAAUUGGUUAUCAAACAGCCCAAGUGGUGAUUAAGUAAUUUACUGGAGAAAGACUGCACUUUGAGAUGUUUUCCUAAUUUUGCAGUCAUGAAUGUAAAUCAUUUCUGUAUUUAAAGGACAGCUGCACCCAGAUGUCAGGUUUGUCUUGUCACAAAAUGUUUCCCUUCCCCUCUUAUUCAGCCCCAAAUGCAGCAUAAUAAAGUAUUAUUUAAUAAUUAAUACAUUUGUUGUUUGCCAGUCUCAUUUCUGUUCUGUGAAGUUUUGCACUAUUUCUUGUUUAGUUCGUCCCGUUAGGUCAUGUAGGCACAGGGGAAGGGGGUCUAACUACUUCCCAAGCAUGUAUUGCCAAAACAGUGAUAAUGAUUCUAGCAACCCAGCUGUAUAUUAGUCAUGGUUAAACUAGCCUUGUAUCUCACUCAGCUAGAGUGUCCUGGUGCUUUAUUUCUGUUAGACCAAAAGCAGAUGCUCAUGGCUUGCCAUUCAAAUGGAAAAUAUCCAUGUAUUAAGUAAUACUCUUACCGCAGUGCCUCACAUUGCCAUCAAAUGGCAAUGAGGCAAGAGGUUUUUGCUAUAAGAUGAAUCACACUGCAUGGAAGCCACUUAUCAGGGCAUUUUGGGAUUUAAUAAGUUAGAAAAGUCACGAGUUGCAGGGGCAUAAGUACUGUAGAGAAAAGUUUAAGGUGGGAAUCAAGACAUUUUUGUUCAUGUUUUGGGUGUGGUUGUCCUUUAAGUACACUUAACACCUUUAAGAAAAUUUUCAGCGUCAUUUAUAUUUUAAAAUGAUUUCCCCAAGCCUAAUGUGUUCAAGUGGAGUCUGCCAGACUAACUGAGGAAUCCAGAACACAAAAACACUUGUCUACCACCCCAGCACAUUAUAGUGGGAUUAAAACACAAUUUGUGGGUCUGUUUUUCUUAAGGUACUUAGUUUCAGAUCUAUUAAAGUUUUUAUAACAGACAAAAUUUUUUUAUUUUGUUCUGUAUCUUUUGCUUGUAACUCAUUACAUGUUUUGCUCCUAAUACUUUCCUUUCCAACCCUUUAUG